AACACAAACACAAAGAGUGGUAAAAUUUGACUAAGUCUGUUAUUUCUUUGACUUUCUAUAUAUAUAAACAUCACAAACACAAACCAUUACACUUUUUCGGAUCAUUCCUCACUUUUGCACCUUUUCUCAAUACUUUUUGCUUUUGGUGUUCUUCAAGAUGAGUAAAGAGAACGAGAACAGUCAAGAAGUACAAGAAAGUCGCCAAACUCCGCGCUUGAAUGAAAGGAUUCUGUCAUCUUUGUCAAGGAGAUCAGUUGCUGCUCAUCCUUGGCAUGAUCUUGAAAUUGGACCUGAAGCACCCAAUAUUUUCAAUUGUGUUGUAGAGAUCACUAAAGGAAGUAAAGUUAAAUAUGAACUUGACAAAAAGACUGGAAUGAUUAAGGUUGAUCGGAUUCUGUAUUCGUCAGUUGUUUAUCCUCAUAACUAUGGUUUUAUCCCUCGAACUCUUUGCGAAGACAAUGAUCCACUUGAUGUCUUGGUUCUCAUGCAGGAACCUGUUCUUCCGGGUUGUUUCCUGCGAGCCCGGGCCAUUGGACUGAUGCCAAUGAUUGAUCAGGGGGAGAAAGAUGAUAAAAUCAUCGCGGUAUGCGCUGAUGAUCCAGAGUAUAAGCACUAUACUGACUAUAAAGAACUUCAACCUCAUCGCCUAAUGGAGAUUCGGCGCUUCUUUGAAGAUUACAAGAAAAAUGAGAACAAGGAGGUAGCAGUUAAUGAGUUUUUACCACCAUCCACUGCUGUUGAAGCCAUCCAACACUCAAUGGAUCUUUAUGCUGAGUAUAUUCUGCAUACAUUGAGGAGAUAGACAAGAAUAUUAUUCAUCAAUCUGAAUAAGCUGCAGCACUAUAGAAAGUUUUUGAAUAUAUUUUGAUGAUAAUUUAUUGUAUUUUUUGUAUUGAGUUGGAUAUUAUACGAUUUGUUUCAUAUGAAUUUAAUGUAAAAUCUAUUUUGAUUGAA